GUCUCGUCGGCGAGUCACACAAUCUUGAUUUGCUUCCUCUUGGGGUUGUCUCUAUCGAUGGUGUCUCGGGCGCGUCCGUGCACCGGCGCUCUGCUGGCGUGCGCGGCCAUCGCCGUUUCUUGCUGCUGCUUCCAGUUCCAGGGCGCCAAUGCGGCGGCGGCGACCCCGUCGUUCGGGGACAACUUCGAGAUCACCGGCGCGGAGGACCACGUCAAGACCUCCCCCGACGGCCAGACGUGGUACCUCUCCCUCGACAACAAGACGGGCGUCGGGUUCCAGACGAAGCAGAAGUACCUGUUCAGGUGGUUCAGCAUGAAGCUCAAGCUCGUCGGGAACGACUCCGCCGGCGUCGUCACGGCCUACUACAUGUGCUCUGACCUUGACGCGGCGCCUCAGCGGGACGAGCUGGACUUCGAGUUCCUGGGCAACCGCACCGGCGAGCCCUACAUCAUCCAGACCAACGUGUACCGCAGCGGCGUCGGCGGCAGGGAGAUGCGGCACUCGCUCUGGUUCGACCCCACCGUCGACUUCCACUCCUACUCCAUCCUCUGGAACCCCAAGCAGAUCGUGUAA